AUGCCGCAACACAACAAAAUCAUCAUUAUUGGUUCAGGCCCAGCAGGCCAUACUGCCGCCAUCUACCUGUCUCGUGCAGAACUCAAGCCAGUCUUGUUUGAAGGCAUGCUUGCCAAUGGUAUUGCUGCUGGAGGCCAACUUACCACCACCACAGACGUUGAAAACUUUCCCGGGUUCAGCAAAGGCAUUGGUGGUCAAGAGCUCAUGGAGGAGAUGCGCGGACAAAGUGAACGGUUCGGUACAACCAUCAUCUCAGAGACGAUUGCCAAGGUCGACCUUAAGAGCAAGCCAUUCAAGCUAUGGCGUGAGGGAGAGGAAGGCAAAUCAGAGCCAACGGAUACCUGUGAUGCACUCAUCAUUGCAACCGGUGCAAGUGCUCGAAGGAUGAACUUGCCAGGAGAGGAGACGUACUGGCAAAAUGGCAUCAGUGCUUGUGCCGUCUGUGACGGUGCUGUGCCCAUCUUCCGCAAUAAGCCAUUGGCUGUGAUUGGUGGCGGUGACUCGGCGGCAGAGGAAGCGUUGUUCUUGACAAAGUACGGAUCGGAAGUCUAUGUUCUGGUUCGACGCGACGUGCUGCGUGCUUCUGCUGUCAUGAGCAAGCGGCUGCAAGCGCACCCCAAGAUCAAGAUGCUUUGGAACACUGUUGCUGAAGAGUGCUUUGGCAAUGACAAGGGCUUGCUCACGCAUUUGAGCAUCAAGAAUGUCAAGACGGGUGAGGCUUCCAAAUUGGAUGUCAACGGUCUAUUUUACGCUAUUGGACAUGACCCUGCAACGCAGCUCUUCAAGGAGCAGCUCGAUGUUGACACAGAGGCGUACAUCAAAACAACACCUGGCACAACAGAGACGUCUAUUCCCGGUGUGUUUGCCGCUGGUGAUGUGCAGGAUAAGAAGUACAGACAAGCCAUCACCAGUGCUGGUAGCGGCUGUAUGGCUGCACUUGAGUGCGAAAAGUACCUGGCAGACUCGGAAGAUGCAGCAGUGCACGUCAAUGAGCUCAAGGGAUCAGGCGGUGAGAGCUAUAGUGAGAAUCCGCUCGUCAAGGAUACGUAG